CCGCCCCAGCCCCGCCCCCGGCCCGCCGCAGCUGGGACUCGACGGAGUCGGAGCCGCCGCGCCGGGACCCGCUGCCGGCAGCCAGAGACCCCCGGCGAGUGAGACGCCCUCCUGGCACGAGCCAGAGACCUCCGGCGAGUGAGACGCCCUCCUGGCACAAGCCAGAGACCCCCGGCGAGUGAGACGCCUUCCGGCACGGAGCCAAAGACCCCUGGCGAGUGAGACACCCUCCUGGCACGAGCCAGAGACCCCCAACCAGUGAGACCUCCCAGCACGAGCCAGAGACCCCGGGCGAGUGAGACGCCCUCCCAGCACGAGCCAGAAUGUCGCUCAUAGACCCCUUCCAGCACAUCAUCGUGGAACACCAGUACUCCCACAGGUUCACAGUGACCGUGCUCCGGGCCACCAGGGUGACCAAGGGCGCCUUCGGGGACCUGCUGGACACCCCGGACCCCUACGUGGAACUCUUCGUCUCCGCCACCCCGGACAGCCGCAAGAGGACCAGGCACCUCAACAACGACGUGAACCCCGUGUGGAACGAGACCUUCGAGUUCAUUCUGGACCCGAACCAGGACAACGUGCUGGAGAUCACGCUGAUGGAUGCCAACUACGUCAUGGACGAGACUCUGGGGACGGCCACCUUCCCCGUCUCCUCCAUGAAGGUGGGAGAGAAGAAGGAGGUGCCUUUGGUGUUCAACCAAGUCACUGAAAUGAUCCUGGAGGUGUCUCUUGAAGUUUGCUCGUCCCCCGACCUGCGGUUCAGCAUGGCGCUGUGUGACCAGGAGAAGGCCUUCCGGCAGCAGAGGAAGGAGAACGUCCGGGCGAGCAUGAGGAAGCUCCUGGGUACCGACAGCGCCGGGGACCUGAGCUCGGCGCGCGAGGUGCCAGUGGUGGCCAUCCUGGGCUCCGGCGGUGGCUUCCGGGCCAUGGUGGGCUUCUCCGGCGUGAUGAAGGCGCUGUACGAGUCUGGCAUCCUGGACUGUGCCACCUACGUCGCUGGUCUCUCUGGCUCCACCUGGUACAUGUCAACCUUGUAUUCUCACCCCGACUUUCCAGCUAAAGGGCCAGAGGAGAUUAACGAAGAGCUUAUGAAAAACGUCAGCCACAACCCUCUCUUACUCCUCACUCCCCAGAAAGUGAAGAGAUACGUGGAGGCUUUGUGGAAGAAGAAAAGUUCUGGCCAGCCCGUGACCUUCACUGACAUAUUCGGGAUGCUGAUCGGAGAGACGCUGAUCCACAAUAGAAUGGACUUGACCUUGAGUAGCUUAAAGGACAAAGUCGACGCGGCUCAGUGCCCGCUGCCGCUGUUCACCUGCCUCCACGUCAAGCCCGACGUGUCGGAGUUGAUGUUCGCAGAUUGGGUUGAGUUUAGUCCGUAUGAGAUUGGCAUGGCUAAGUACGGCACGUUUAUGGCCCCUGACUUAUUUGGAAGCAAGUUUUUUAUGGGGAAAGUUGUGAAGAAGUACGAAGAAAACCCUUUGCAUUUCCUAAUGGGUGUCUGGGGAAGUGCCUUUUCUAUCUUGUUCAACAGAGUCCUGGGAGUUUCUGGGUCCCAAAACAAAGGCUCCACGAUGGAAGAAGAAUUAGAAAAUAUCACGGCCAAGCACAUCAUCAGUAACGACAGCUCCGACAGCGACGAUGAAUCCCAGGGACCUAAAGGCACGGAGAGCGAGGACGCCGAGAGGGAGUUCCAGAGCGAUAGCCAGGCCAGCUGGGUGCAGCGCAUGCUCAUGGCACUGGUCAGUGACUCGGCGCUCUUCAACACCAGGGAGGGCCGCGCCGGGAAGGUGCACAACUUCAUGCUGGGCCUCAACCUCAACACCUCGUACCCGCUCUCGCCGCUGAGGGACUUCGCCACGCAGGAGUCCUUGGACGAAGACGAGCUGGACACAGCCGUAGCAGACCCUGACGAAUUUGAGCGGAUAUACGAGCCCCUGGACGUCAAGAGCAAGAAGAUCCACGUGGUGGACAGCGGCCUCACGUUCAACCUGCCCUACCCGCUGAUCCUGCGGCCGCAGCGGGGCGUGGACCUCAUCAUCUCCUUUGACUUCUCGGCCCGGCCCAGCGACUCCAGCCCGCCCUUCAAGGAACUUCUCCUUGCAGAAAAGUGGGCUAAAAUGAACAAGCUGCCCUUUCCUAAGAUCGACCCUUAUGUGUUUGAUCGGGAAGGACUGAAGGAGUGCUAUGUCUUCAAGCCCAAGAACCCUGAUAUGGACACAGACUGCCCCACCAUCAUCCACUUUGUUCUGGCCAACAUCAAUUUCAGGAAGUACAAAGCUCCAGGUGUUCCCAGAGAAACCAAGGAAGAGAAAGAAAUAGCAGAUUUUGAUAUUUUUGAUGACCCAGAAUCACCAUUUUCAACCUUCAACUUCCAAUAUCCGAAUCAGGCUUUCAAGAGGCUACACGAUCUGAUGCAUUUCAACACCCUCAACAACAUUGACGUGAUCCGGACAGCCAUCGCCGAGAGUAUCGCCUACAGGAGGCAGAACCCUUCUCGCUAUUCCGUGUCCCUCAGCAACGUGGAAGCCAGACGCUUCUUCAACAAGGAUUCUCUGAGCAAACCCUCUGCCUAGUCGUCGCCGAGGCCCAGCAGGAUGGCGCAAAAUGCCUGACAACUGGAUUUGAAAAGACAGCACUGACCCCAGUACCCACCCCGUGCCCACCCAGCCCAGUACUCACCACAGUCCGCACCUCAUGCCUACCCUAGUAUUCAUCCUAGUACCCACCCCAGUGCCCAUACUAAUACCCUGUGCCCAACCCAGUACCUGCCUCAGUACCCACACCAGUAUUUACCCUAGUACUACUCUAGUACUCACCCCAGUACUUACCAGACUGACUGAAGAGAAGUGGCUUCCUUCUGCGUGAAGAGAAUUCCCUUCCCUGGCAUGCAGACAAAUGAUGUUGAUCAUGUAAAAAUACACUUUGCCGCAUUUUCUGUCAGUACAGAUUUCCUGAGGCAGAAGUUAGGGCCAUACACUGUCUUUUUCCAGGACAUUCCUUAUCAAGUAUUUUAUGCAUCCUGUUUUUUUUUUAAAUAUGUGGUUUCUUUGUAGACCAAUUAACAGUUGCAGUCUGAGAAAGUAAGACUGUUUCGUGUGUGAAUGAUAUUCACUGGCUGGACUUACUCAUGUUCUGAGACAACACUAUUUUUUUAUUUAUGUGUGCACAUAUACGUAUAUGCAGUAAAGAAAUCUUUAUGCAGUGAGCGAACUGGAUUCUUGUCACUUGUUUCACGAGCUGUUGCACUUGUUGCCAUCAGGGUGUCAGGGCACAGGGCACCCCACCACACCCCCCACCACUCCCUGCCCAGUAAGUUCUUUCUAGGGCAGUAGUCGCCAGUUCACUGGAGGGGGUUGCAGAGGGAAAAGCACUCGCGGAGCACGGAGGGAGCUGCUGUAUCUUGAGUGAGUGCCCAGAGAAGGGGAGAAACCGACUGGCACCAAGCCAGCUUCUCAGCGAGGGUCUAGCUCUGGGCAGAGCACGUAUCCCCGUGACGAGGGUUACAGGACAUUAGCAGACGAAUCUGCAGCCAGGUGGUACCUUCAAAGCGAGUCACAUGCUUCUGGGCAGGUGACAGCUGCCUUCCGGAAAGGGGCUGAGCUGCUCCCCAGCGCUGCGGCCGUCCUCCCUGGUCUGCGUCACCGUGCUGAGUCCCGAGAGGCCGUCUGGCUCCUGUGCUCCGAAGGGCGGUGGAAGCUGUGCCUUAUCCUGCAGGGGGAAGGUCGCAGUCUGGAACCACAGCCUUUUCCCACAGCACCUAGCGGUUUCCAAGUGAGCCCCGGGGCAGGGUGAGCACAUGCUUUGCACACUAGAGGCCUGGACUGGAUCCGAGCACCACGUGGCCCAGACCCCUUGGCCCAGCUGACUGUGGGCCCCCAAGUCAAAAAGCCUUCAAAGUUCACAAAGUCGUGUUAACCCUGAAACAAUGCAUUCCUCAAAGCACACUGCUCAGACUUGACGUUACUUUACGGGGCUCGGGAGAGAAUGCAGCAAGUGGGUACAAUCUCCAGCGUCCGAUAUGGUUCCGGAGCACCACCAGCAGUGGUCACUGAGCAAGAAGCCAGGAGUAACCCCCGAGCAUUGCACAGUAUGGCUCCAAAACAAGAAUAUGUUUCUUCAAGAAAACGUCAGAAAAAAGUGGCUGGAGAGAGACCAGAAGGAAGAGAACUUCCCUCACCUUGCAUGCCUCUCACCCCAGGCUGAUCCCCGGCACCCCAGAUGGCCCCUCCAGCACCGUCAGAAGUGACGCAUGAGUGCCACUGAGUGUGGCCCAGUGACAGCAGAAAAUAGGUCAGUGCUAAUGUGAACUAUCAUCUGAGCCACCAGCACAGUUCUGUCUUCCUGCUGGGGGAUCUUGUACAAAAUUCAAUCUGCGAGUCACCCACGAAGGGAAGAGCUGUGAACGGGGUCGUCUUGUCAUGUGCCACUUGGGGUUGAGACACUCUGCAGCCACAUCAGUCAAGGCCCCACGGAAGCGUCAUGGUGGGGGGCGGCACAGGACACAUCUUCCAGCACAACGAUCUUCGGGAGCCCCUUUGCUUCCCAAAGCCCCCGCUACCCACAGGGAUUCCAGCAGCUGCAGGGAGAAUGGUGCCAGCCUCCUCCAGGGAUCUCCCGAGGCUCUGCUCUCUACUCCUGGCUCUGCACUCAGGAAUCACCCCUGAUGGUGCUUGGGGGAGCCAUAUGGGAUGCCAGGGAUUAGAACUCAGGUCAGCUGUGUGCAAGGGAAAUGCCAUACCUGCUGAAUUCGGCCCCAAAUACAGAAUUAUUAAUGCAAUAAUAUUUUAUUUCACAGUAUUAUAACAAUAUUAAUAACCACAUUAACUGCAGUUUCCUGGGCUCAGGGAGGAGAGGAACACAGGUUUAGAGUAAGAGUGAGGGUGUUGACAGUGACCCCUGGGGAUCUGAGCAGGACCGCCCUCAGCAGUCUCCACCCACAGGUGUGUCACUGGUCCCCAGGCUCCCACACUGUCCCCUGUAGGAUGACAUAGCCUCUGGUAGUUUAGGUUUGUUGGGUUACUCCCAUCACAGUGCUCCCAUUCCUCUGUGUUUAUUUGUAGCUUCUUUCUUAGUGUUCUGUUGACUUGUAAACAUUGUUUUUCUCUUCUCCUUGAGCCCUUUGCAUAGUUUAUUCAGAGCCAAGUCCUUUUGUAUGGGUACAGGAAGACUGUAGCAAAUGCAAUGCUUUUGUAACCUUAUGUCAUUUGACUCUACAUGAUAUUUUCCUCCUGGGCAUCUGUUCUCUCAACCUAAGCCUCAGCUGCCCUUAUUUCCUAGCGCCCCCCCAAAGCAGGAUCCCGACGAGAACCCAGGUCAAGCGGUGAGUUGUGUGCUACCCUGGCAUCGAGAUGGGCCUGGCCAAAGUGCCUAAUGCUUAACUAUAAGUUAAGAGCUUGGUCAUGGACAAAUGCUGUCACGAUCCAAACAGUGAUAACUAGAUUCGGACCCUGCUAGGGUUAGGAGUGAUUCAUCUGCCCUGAGUGCUGUAGCUGAGUCUGUGGCAAGAUGUUGCCAGGAGAGCUGCCUUGCCAGCCUCAAUAUAUCUCUUGCUAUGUCCAUACAAAAAUAACUAGUAUUAAGAUGUUAAUGAGUGUUUGGACUAAGGAAAGGAGAAAAACCCCUUAAGAGGUAUUUUGCCUACUGGCAGUCAGGAGGGGCUUUGGAAUGCCCCUAGGUUGUGUUCCUUUUGCUUUCUUAUGUUGAUUUUGCUGCCUGGCUGUGUGUAGCUUAGGGGCUAGGGGGAGAGAGACCAAGAGAGGGGGCUGCGGUAGAUCCAGAGAGAGAACGGAGCUAGGAGUGCAGGGGAAGAGAAAGAUGGAAGAUUGAAUAAACGGUAACUAAUCAGCAGCCAGCUUGGUCCUCGUUCUUCCUUUGCCUGUCUUUGGCCCGCGUCGUCCCGAUCCAGCCCAUACACAGCAGUUCCUGAGCACCGAACACGGGCGGUGAGACAGAGCCGCCCGGAGAGCCCGCGAGUGCACACACCCUUCAGCGUGCAUAGUUUUUUACAGUCUCGUGUCCUCCCUGGAGACCCAGACCUUGGGCCGGUUUGCUCCUGUGGGGACGCCGUUGGGGCAGCGGGGGCUCCUUUCUGCUCUGUGGGCCCAGGACCUAUUCAUGGCAUUCGCACACCAGGCCUCGGCUUUCAACACCUGGUGUGAGAACGCCGAGGAGGGCCUGAGCGAGCCUGUGCACUGCCUCUCUCUGAAUGAGAUCCGGCAGCUGCAGAAGGACCGAGAGGCUCUCCUGGCCUCCCUGGCAGGGGCCCAGGCUGCCUCCAACCCCCUGCUGUAGCUGGACCAGCAGAUCAAGGCCCUGGGGCAGCCCUCCAGCCCCUACACUUGGUUAACUGUGGAGGUACUGGACAGGACUUGGAAACACCUGCUCAUUGUCAUCAAGGUAACUUGAGGCCCUCGUGUGGCCUCAUUCCUGGGCUCCAACUGGAGUGCUUUGAGAAAGGAGUGGACGUCACAUGACAUCAUACUGAGACAGCCGUCAUGGACCAGAACCAAGGGAAAUAGGGCCUGUGUUUGCUCGCAGGUACGGGCAGGCUUGUGGACACUGGACCAGGACAGGGCAAGCCGACCCAAAGCGGCUCUCGGCAAGCACAAGAAGCUCUUGAGCCUGUUCCUUUGUUCACAGUCUGCAUGGUCCCUGCCCCCCGCACCGAUCUUUUUAAAAAACACCUUCAUGUGCUUUUUGGUGGGCUUAUCAUUAACAUAUUUUUCUGUAAU